CACUGCAGCCGCAACAGUAAAGACGACGCCACCACAACCAACCAGACGCGUCCGUAAUUAGUUGCGAAGUUGUGGUCCGAAUAAGAAGGCACUCCGCUCCCCAAUUUCUCAAACGCCCACAUCGAAUCCCGUCGUCUCUGUUCAACCCAAAAGGGAAGCGUUCUCGUUUUUCUCUCCAGUUCCUCGCAAUGGGUGCGUCUCCGUCGGUGCCCCAGAACUCCAUCCAUGAAUUCACCGUGAAGGAUUUUAGGGGGAAAGAGGUGGACCUCAGCAUUUACAAGGGGAAGGUCCUUCUUGUCGUUAACGUUGCUUCCAAAUGUGGGUUUACAGAUACGAAUUACACUCAGUUGACUGAACUUUAUUCCAGAUACAAGGACAAAGAUUUUGAUAUCUUGGCGUUUCCAUGCAACCAAUUUUUGAAGCAAGAGCCUGGUACAAGCGAAGAGGUACAACAAUUUGCUUGUACAAGAUACAAAGCAGAAUAUCCAAUUUUUCAAAAGAUACGUUGUAAUGGACCGGAUACUGCUCCACUGUUCAAAUUCCUCAAGGCGCAUAAAACAGGAUUUUUGGGUUCUAGGAUCAAAUGGAACUUUACCAAGUUUCUUGUUGAUAAGGAAGGGCAUGUGAUCAAUCGCUAUGGCCCAACAACUGCGCCAUUGACCAUUGAGGUGCUCUUUUCCUCCUCUUUCCCCCCCCCCCCCCCUUCUCUCUUUUGUGGGUGUGUGGGGCACUCAUUCUUUUCAAUGUAUUGGUUGAAAUUUCUAUUAAUGUUCUUUUCGCCCUUUAAUGCAGGCUGAUAUUAAGAAAUCACUGGGAGAGGUGUGAGCCUUAAAUUUUCUGUCUAGGUGUAGAAUGAAAAAUAUAUUUCUGUCUGUCUAGCCCACAGUAUGGUUAUAUCAAAGAAUGAUGUUUAAUUUUUAUCUUGUUUAUUUAUUAUGUGUGUAUUGAUGUCUAUUGUAGUUGUGAUGGCUGAUAAGUUCAUUGUAUAUCUUGUCCAAAUAACAUUUACACUAGCAGUGAUAUUAGAUUUUUCCUUCGGAGGUGCAGACUA